GUUGCCAUCGCCUACGCCCUUGGAGGCGGGAGCGGAGGUCUGCGGGGGCGGCGCGCGCUUCUGUUCAAGCUCCGCGCAAACUCGUUUAUUGACCGCGGCGCAGACCUGAGCUACUGCUCGUGCUUUGCGGCCGAGGCGGAGGCGCAUCUCUCCCCAUAUAUCACCCUAUAUCUCUUUAGCUUUGCGGCCGAGGCGGAGGCGCGCGCGUGCGUGCCACGGACGCCCCUUGUGCACACGCGGCACAAGGCAGCACACACGCAGCACGCACAGCACGGGCAGGAAGGCGCAGCGUCGGUAUGCUACCCGCCGCUCACUUUCCUCGCUCCGUCCGGGCGGCGGGAGGCGUUCGAGCACGGCGGCGUCACCUUCGAAGUCGUCGAGGUGCUGCCCUCCUUCUCGUCGUGA